AUGGACCAAGAUGGAGGCUUCUUCCGGAACAUGGUGCCAGCAUCUUGCUGGAAGUUGAUGAAGCGUCUAAAAAUCGGCCCAGAGCGGAAGCUCGCCGCAGCACAAUCGGAGUUGUGCAGGUUUGUCGCGGAGAUGAUGGAGAAAAGGGGAGAUGGAUCGGUCCACAUGGAUGAACAGCAAGAGAACCGUAAUGUAGAAAUUGUUUCUUCCUACAUCGAUGACCCAGAGUAUAUUGACGACCAUGGAAAACCUAGUGGCUUCAUGUACGCCACCCUGAUCAAUUACAUGUUUGCCGGGCGUGACACGGUCGGCACAACCCUCACUUGGCUCUUCUACAACCUCAUCAAACACCCGCACAUCAUGUCGAGCAUUAGAAGAGAACUAUCUCCCAUUGCCAUGCACAAAGCAAACAACUCCACCACCAUGGUGACCUUUGAGCCAGAGGAGACAGAACCGCUUGUCUACGUGCAUGCGGCAUUGUUCAAAUCCAUGAGGCUGUACCCACCGGGCCCCAUCGAGCGCAAGACUGUGAUGACCGACGACGUACUGCCGAGCGGUCACAAGGUGCGGAGGGGUGAAACCAUACUGAUUUCACUCUACUCAAUGGGCAGGAUGGAAGGUGUGUGGGGCAAGGAUUGCACGGAGUACCGGCUAGAAAGGUGGGUCAAAGAGGAUGGCAAGCUUCUGUACGUGUCGUCCUACAAGUUCCUAGCAUUCAACGCCGGGCCGAGAUCGUGCUUGGGCAAGCACAUCUCGGUAGUGCAGAUGAAGAGUAUCAUUGCCGCCAUAGUGUGGAACUUCAAUUUUGAGAUGGUGGCAGGGUACGUUGUAGAGCCAAAGCCAUCAGUUGUGCUCAAGAUGAAGAAUGGGUUGUGUGCCAAGAUCCUCAAACGGCGGAUCAAAUGA